CUCGAGCAACCGCUUUGCUCGACGUCUUAGACUGAAGCCAGCCAUGAGCCGGAUCUCGACGGCGGAACUUAGCAGAUACCUGCUGACGGGCCGGUUCAGCCGCCGGGGCUGUCUGAAUUCUCGCCUUUCCCGGAUUGCACCUGUGCGCCAAACGAGUCUAAGUAGCCAAGGUCGAUCGUUGGGCACGAGCGCCGAGACGGCGACAGCAGCCCCUCCCAGUGCGACUGCCGCGCCCAUCACGCCCCUCCGCAAGCAGCUGAAAGAGCAGGCCAAGGCCCUCAAGGCGUCGGGGAAGAAGAAGAAGAAGAACAAAGCGGACAACCAGACGGUCCCCGGGUGGGAGCUGACGGUCGGCAUCGAAAUCCACGCCCAACUCAACUCGGCCCGCAAGCUGUUCUCGCCCGCUGCCACCUCGUUCAACGACAAGCCCAACAGCCAUGUCGCCCUCUUCGACGUCGCCAUGCCGGGCUCCCAGCCCCUCUUCCAACCCGAGGUCCUGAUCCCCGCCGUGCGCGCAGCCCUGGCCCUGAACUGCGCCAUCCAGCCGAUCAGCCGGUUCGACCGGAAGCACUACUUCCACUGGGACCAGCCAGCCGGCUACCAGAUCACGCAGUACUACCACCCCUUUGCCCGCGACGGCCGCGUCGUCCUGCAUGCUCGCGACGGCAUCGCGCCCGAGGACGGCGACCGCGUCGAGAUCGGCAUAAAGCAGGUCCAGAUGGAGCAGGACACGGCCAAGACGACGGCCCAGCCCGGCGACGUGCACUGGCUCGACUUCAACCGCGUCGGCCUGCCGCUGAUCGAGAUCAUCACGCUGCCCCAGAUCCACCAUCCCGCCACCGCCGCCGCCCUCGUGCGCAAGGUCCAGAUGCUGCUCGCCUCGGUCGACGCCUGCGUCUCGGGCAUGGAGGCCGGCGGCUUGCGCGCCGACGUCAACGUCUCGGUCCGGAGGACCGACGACGCAGCCGCCGGCGGGAAGCUGGGCACGCGCACCGAGAUCAAGAACCUGAGCAGCUUCAAGGCCGUCGAGGACGCCAUCAUUGCCGAGCGCGACCGCCAGAUCGCCGUCUUGGAGGCCGGCGGCGUGGUCGAGGCCGAGACGCGCGGCUGGUCCCUGGGCAGCACGGAGACGCGCCGCCUGCGCGGCAAGGAGGGCGAGGUGGACUACCGGUACAUGCCCGACCCGGACCUCGGCCCGGUCGUCAUCGGCGACGACCUCGUUGCCCACCUGGCCUCGUCGAUGGGCGUCCUGCCCGAUGCCGAGAUCGACGAGCUGGUCGGCAGGUACGGCCUGAGCGCCAAGGACGCCCUCUCGCUCACCACGGUGGACGACGGCGCCCGGGUCCAGUAUUUCUACAACGUCCUCGACGCGCUGGAGGCGCGGCUCGGGCUCGACAAGACCGGCGCCGCGUCCGACCAGCGCCAUGCCCUGCUCGCCGCCAACUGGUGUCUGCACGAGCUGGGCAAGCUCACCGAGCUGUCCUCCGACCUCGGCAUGACCCCCGAAGGCGAGUGCAACGUGCCGUCGGCCGCCCUGGCUGCCAUCUUGGCACACCUGCACCGCAGAGAGAUCACGGCCAAGGUCGCCAAAGAGCUGCUCUGGGACGCCUUCCGCGGGGAGGUCACGGCCGACAGCGUCACGCAGAAGAUCGAUGCGGACAAGCUGUGGUUCAAGGAGUUGUCCGAGGACGAGUAUGCCCAGCUUGCCGACCAGGUCGUCCAGGGCGAGGACAAGGUCCUGGGCGAGUUCUUGCGCUUCAAGCAGGGCAAGGCGAAAGCCUACCCGCAGGGGAAGCUCAUGUUCCUGGUCGGCAAGAUGAUGCGGGCUGGCACCGAGCAGCGGAUGGAUCCCGCUUCUGCCGAGAGGGUGUUGAGAGCAAGGAUCGAAGACGUUUACUUGCCGAGAUUAGAGGGCAGGUGAUUGGCGAUUGCCUUCUCCCGGGGACCGCCGUGUAAUACAUUAUGAAGAGACUGUUGGUUAGGAUACCCACUCAAUUUUCGUGAUUGCCGCCCUGACCACAUUCUCGAGUGGUUAAAACCACACUGCGUUAGCCUUGACCCGGCCAUAUCCUCUAAUUGUUACAAGAUACCUAGCUAUCUCUUG